GGAACAAGAGUCAUGGCUUUGUUUGGCUGUUGCACCACUGAAAAAGAACAGAAAGCUCAUCCUUGCCAUGUGUUUUGUUUGACAAAGCAAGUUUCAGGCACUUUUGGUCCUGCAGGUUUAGUUUUUAAAAAUCACAUUUUAAAUGAUCAUUUUAAAUGCAAUGCAGAUCUUAUUUCAGAAUCACCAAGAGCAAAGAGUUGAAGAUGUGAGGCUGAUCAGAGAGCAGCAUCCAACAAAGAUACCAGUAAUUAUUGAAAGAUACAAAGGAGAGAAGCAGCUUCCUGUUUUGGAUAAAACUAAAUUCCUAGUCCCAGAUCACGUCAACAUGAGUGAGCUGAUCAAAAUUAUCAGGCGUCGCCUACAGCUGAAUUCCAAUCAAGCUUUCUUCUUACUGGUAAAUGGACACAGCAUGGUGAGCGUUUCUACACCGAUUUCAGAGGUGUAUGAAAGCGAGAAAGAUGAGGACGGAUUCCUGUACAUGGUCUAUGCCUCUCAGGAGACCUUUGGUAUGAUAUCCUCUGUGUAAACCCUACCCAGUGGCUUGUAGCCUAGGAUAAUUUUUACCCCUUCCGCCAAGAGGGAAACGAAGGAGUGUCACCAGCCUGCUCACCGUAGUUGCGAUUAGCAGGUGUUCCCAUCAUACUUUGCUUUUGUUUGUGAAUAUUGGAGUGCCAGUAUGGACCAGCCCAGCUUCAUAGACCUGCAACAAAUUCACACAGGCAGAUUUGCUUUUUAAAACCCUCUGGAAUUUGACUGAAACCAUACCAUGUGUGUUACACUGACAAUAAAGGGAGAUGUUCUCAUGACUCUGAUCGUAGGAACUGGGCUGAAUGAUAAGUAACACUCAGAAAUACAUCUUUGUGACAUCUCCUCUGUUAAAUCCUGCUUGAGCUCCUAAAAACUGUUUUUAGAAAGGGAACAAACAGGAGUAAAGGCUGGCUUUAAAUCCAUGGUGAAUUUUGAUAAGUCAGUGGAUAUGGUGGGGAGGGAGGAAUAAUCCUGGUAUAGCUACUUUAGAUGAUUACAUCAGAUUGCUAAUUAUUUCCAUAUAUCAAAUGCCACAGCUUCAAUCUAGUUUUAGGAAAUGUGUACUUUAAAGCUAGGUUAUGUAUGAUGUAACAGUUAUCUAGGAAAAACCUCAGCCUAUUAAGAUCCUGUUGUAAUAUGUUGUACACCUCCUCAAGAUUUUCUCUGUUAACCACACCACCAUCCUGAAUCAAAGAGGACAUGUUUUUGUCCUUCAGGUGUUAGUUGAGCACUUGACUGAAAAGGGGGAUUUUGAGAGAGAGGGAGUGAGAAGAUUUAAAGGAUGAUCACAGAAAGUUUUAUUUGUUUGUAUGUAUGAAGCACAGUAAUCUUUCUACAAGUCCUUGAUUUUUGUUCAAAAAGGUGGAAUAGCUUUUGAAUCACGCCCUUACUAAAAACUCUGGUUUCUCUCAAUAUUACCUGCAAAUUCAAAGCAUGCCCUUAUGUUUUAGAUUGGCUGUGUUUGGGUAACGGGAGCAGCCGAGAGUUUGGUCACUUGCCCUUCCUGCCAUGUGCAUGGGAACUAAAUCUCAGCUUUGUUGUAAAUAGGAUGUUGUCCUAUGCAAAAGGAAUUAAUUCAGUUAAGUGGCUAACGUAAUGAAAUGUACUAAAUAUAUCCUUGUAUAUUCAUGUCUGUGAGUUUAAUUAUUUUUAUAGCAAGCUUCCACUAAUGAGAGAAAAGAGCAAUGCUUAAUUUUGGCACGCUGUAGUCCCUCAUUAAGUGACGUAGUUUGUUCCCUCGCAUGCAUCUGUUCAGUGCUUGCUUUUAUUUGUUAAAAUGUUCACUGUAAGCUUUCACUUCUCUGUAAAAUUUUAACAUAUUCUGUUCAGUUUAAUAUCUUCAAGACAGCCAUCCAUAUAACUGAUGCUUGUACAAAUGUUUUUUUUUAAAAAAAUACUAAUAUGGACGAUUCCAUCCUGAA